AUGAAGUCCCGCCUACGGAGACUCGGCCGCCUGGGCCAGGUGGUCCGGUGGCCCGUGGCUUUGGGGGUGGUGGUCUUCUUCCUCUUCCACCUGUCCUCUUUUCUGAAGGAGCCCAGCACGCGGCCUUCCAGGUAUCAAUACAGACAGGACGUUAAAGAGUUACCACCAAAGGCCACGCCCCAGGCCGAGGCAGUGCUAGAGGGCGGCGCCCUGGACCCACGCCACCCGGCGGGAGACAGCGUGAGGACAGAGCCCACCAAGGCACCCCCAGAGCAGCGGCGCCACGAGCCCAGCCCAGCAGCCACAGCGCCGGCAAAAAGUGAGGAAGAAGACAGGAAUGAGGCGGACACGGCCUCUCCUCCAGGCCAGGCUGCAGCCAGGGUCUCCAACCAGACAAAGGCACCCACGACCAAGACUGCUCCGGGCACAAAGACGACCAGAGGAAGCGGGGACCCCACCCGACGGCUGACAGCCUCCAAGCUGGCAGUGGUGAAGCCCCAGGGCAGGGCAGGGACCACGGCCAAGAGACUGGCGCCACCAAGUCAGGGCAAACCCAAGACCACCGCCGCCGCCACCCCAGCAGCAGCCACAGCCAAGACGAGAAAGAGCGGAGCGACCACAGCGGCUGUGGCCCCCGCGGAGAAGAAGGUCCCGGCCACCCCAGCCCCUGCCCAGCCCCCCAGCACACGGGGAACCCCGAGACUGAAGGCCGCCAACUUCAAGUCGGAGCCCCGGUGGGAUUUUGAGGAACAAUACAGCAUGGAUGCGGCGGGGCUGAAGACGAGCUGCCCUGACUCGAUCAAGGUCAGAGCCGCCAGGUCGCCGUGGCUCCGGAGCCUCUUCCUGCCCAACCUCACCCUGUUCCUGGACUCCAGACACUUCAACCAGAGCGAGUGGGACCGCCUGGAGCACUUUGGGCCGCCCUUUGGCUUCAUGGAGCUCAACCACUCCCUGGUACAGAAGGUGGUGGCCCACUUCCCCCCAGUGCCCCAGCAGCAGCUGCUCCUGGCCAGCAACCCCCCCGGGGGCUCCCAGUGCAUCACGUGUGCCGUGGUGGGCAACGGCGGCAUCCUGAACAACUCCAAGGUGGGCCAGGAGAUCGACAGCCACGACUACGUGUUCCGACUGAGCGGAGCCGUCAUCAAAGGCUACGAGCAGGACGUGGGGACGCGGACCUCGUUCUACGGCUUCACCGCCUUCUCCGUGACCCAGUCCCUCCUCAUCUUGGGCUCUCGGGGUUUCCAGAGCGUGCCCGUGGGGAAGGACAUCCGCUACCUGCACUUCCUGGAAGGCACCCGGGACUUUGAGUGGCUGGAAGCCCUGCUGCAAAAUCAGACACUGGCGAAAAAGAACCUUUUCUGGUUCAGGCGCAGGCCCCAGGAAGCUUUCAAGGAAGCCUUGACACUGGACAAGUACCUGUUACUGCACCCGGACUUCCUCCGGUACAUGAAGAACAGGUUCCUGAGGUCCAAGACCCUGGACACGGCCCACUGGAGAAUAUACCGCCCCACGACGGGGGCCCUCCUACUGCUCACUGCCCUUCACCUCUGUGACAAGGUGAGCGCCUACGGCUUCAUCACCGAGGGCCACGAGCGCUUUUCUGACCACUACUACGACAAGACCUGGAAGAAGCUCAUCUUCUACAUAAACCACGACUUCAAGCUGGAGCGAGACGUGUGGAAGCGGCUGCACGACGAGGGCCUCAUCCGGCUGUUCCAGCGCCCCGACACUGCCAGGGCCAAGAGCUGACCGGAGCCGCGGCGGCCUCGUCCCUCCCCGCCGUGCUGCCCAUCUCCGAGGGACCACUUGCACAGAGAGGAGGCUCCCGCGGGAGGACCGGCCACCCACAGAGGUGGGGCAGCUGCCGCACGCCCCACGGAGGCUGCCGAGACCAGGGGUCUAAGCACGUGGGUGACA